AUGGCUCCCAUAAUAUCAGAUAUGACGGUACACUUCCGCCAUGACCGGUCCAUUGCCCAGAUGAUGCUGGAAAACCCUUCCAACGUCGAUGCUAACAAGGCCAUCAGUGAGGAUAUUUUAACCGGUAAAACAUUAACCUAUGGCAGUUUGCGCGAGGAUGCAUUCAAGGCUGCAUGGGCGUUGCGGCAUCGCCUAGGGCUCAAGACAGGGGACACCGUCACGAUUAUAGCGAGGAGCUGCGUGGACUAUAUUAUUGCAACGCAUGCUAUUUGGGCGGCGGGUGGGAUUGUCAGUACAAUUAACCACUCAUCAUCCGCCAAAGAGAUUACCCAUGCUAUUGAGAUCAUUAGACCGCAGUUCUUCAUUGUGGAUGGUGACUAUGAGAAGAAGUUGCACGAGGCGCUGGGUUCGGAACACUAUGAUAGUAUGACAAUAAUGACAAUGGUGUCCAGAUUCGCCGGCCACCUUCUCUUUCCCAACGACCUGAUAUCGGACUCAAAGCGAGUGGAGCCUGAAGCGUACGUGCUGGACGGACAGGACGCGCGGACCAGGUGCGCUGCGCUGGUAAUGUCGAGUGGCACAACUGGCCUACCCAAGGCGGUUAUGCUGUCCCAUUACAACUUGACUGGAAUCUGUGAGGGGCUGCGUGCUCAUAAUCCCGAUAAUUGGAGGGAGUCUAUGAGGGAGGUGUUUUUCCCAUCUUUAUCACAUAUCUACGGUUUAUACGUAUGCGCAUUGAUGAGUCCGUGGCUGGGGUAUUAUGUGUGCAUGGUGUCCCAAUUCCAGCUGGAGACUUACUGCCAACUUAUGCAUGAGAAACGCGCAACAUUGGCGCGACUCGUGCCACCAGUCGCUGUUAUGCUGGCGGAGAACCCGAUCGUGGAUCAGUACCAGUAUCCUGACCUUGAAUACUUUUCCUGCUCAGCAGCACCAUUGAAGCCUGCCGUCGCGUCAAAGCAUAUGGCUGUACUGAACUGUCCUCUUGCAUUGCAAAAAGGGGAGUCAGAGACAAGGACGCUCCUCUCGUUGCCCGGGUACAAGGACAACGGGGAAGGAACACGCGAAAGCAUGCACGGUCCUGGGUGGUACAAAACCGGUGACAUUGGAUACCUGAACGACAAGGGAUACUUGAUAAUUGUUGACCGUCUGAAGGACGUGAUCAAAUACAAGGGGUUCCAGAUCAGCCCAACUGAGCUCGAGGAGAUAAUCGGACGACACCCCAUGGUGAAAGACUCAGGCGUCACCUCUAUCUGGGACGAUGUUGAGGGGACCGAGAUCCCUCUUGCGUUUGUUGUGCCGAGUAGUCCUAUUGCAUCUAUUGAUCGGGAGAGCCUAGCAAAAGAAAUCCAGGAUCUGGUCGCACGGGAAGUUGCAGGCUACAAGAAAUUGAGGGGAGGUGUGCGCUUUAUUGAUCAACUGCCGCGGAAUUUGACUGGGAAGAUGCUGCGCCGGCAGUUACGUGAUAGGGCUGGAUCGAAGGCGCACCUGUAA